AUGUCCACAACGACAACAAUCCAAGAAGCCGCCGAGGCCACAAACGAGUCCUUCACCGUCGAGGACCUGGUGGACUUCAGCGGCCGGCAGUACGGCGACUGGCGCGAUGAGUUCCACAAGAAUGGCUGCGUCGUGCUCAAGAACGUCAUCAGCCCCGAGAGAGCAAAGUACUACUGCGACAAGCAGAUUGAAUGGCUGAAGAAGUUUGAGCUUGGGUUCGAUGAACACGACGAGAGCACUUGGACAGCAGAGCAUCUGCCCGCAGUGUCCAAGAGGGCUAAUAUGGAAGAACGCAGCAUGUACUUUGCCUACGGCUCCACCCACGAAAAAAUGGCCUGGGAAGCACGCACCGAGCCGGCAGUUAUCGAGAUCUUCGAGAAACUGUGGGAAACCAAAGAGCUACUUUGCUCCUUUGACGGGAUGAACAUCUCUCUUCCACGACGCAAGGAUCUCAAUUGGAGUCCGUGGCCGCACUGCGACCAGAACCCUAACCGGAAAGGAAUGCAAGCCGUCCAAGGCCUGCUGAACUUCGCUCCAAACGGCCCCAAAGACGGCGGGUUAAUGCUCAUGAAAGGCUCUGCGAAACUCUUUGACGAGUUCUUCGCGCAGAAGCGCGAGGCCUAUGACCACGAGGACGCACCGCCGCCUGAGCUCAAGUAUAUGGAUCUGUUCCUGUUCCACCAGAAAGACCUCAAGUGGUUCCAGGACCGGGAAUGCGAGCUUGUCAAGAUCAAUAUGGAGCCUGGGGACUUUGUCCUCUGGGAUUCUAGGACUAUGCACUAUGCUUGCUUGCCGGAGGGGGAUCAGAUCAGACACGUGCAGUAUAUCUGUAUGACGCCAAGACGAUUUGCGACGGAGAAGGCACUCGAACUUAAGAAGAUUUGCUUUGAGAACUAUAUGGGCACGACACAUUGGCCGCAUUGCAACAUCCGUCCAGCGGUAGAGAAGCCCAUGCGCAAUGGCGAGGUCUGUCCCAAGUACCGCACGGAGCCGUUCGAGAGGCCCGAAUUAACGAACACGGUGUUGAAGCUGGCCGGUGUGAAGCCUUACUAG